GUUUCUUCUGUGACCUUCUUCUCUUCUCUGUCACGGCAAAAUCACAGAACUCCAACGAGAAACAUGGAGUCGAAUCCAAAAUCGUUGUGGAGUAACAUAGUGAAGAAAGAUCCUCCUCCAAAGCCUUCACCUAGUGACGGAGCUCUGGCACCGAUUCUCGGGAUGGUGGGAAACUGCAGAUCCAGGAAGGGCAUAUCUACGGCGGUUGUUGAUGCCAGCGCCUUCAUUGAGGGACGCCUGAGCUUAACCAACUUGGCCGAUAAAUUCGUAACCGUCCGUAAAGUAUACUCCGAGAUUCGUGACUCUCAUUCUCGCAGUCGUCUCGACUUCCUUCCCUUCACUAUCGAGGAGAUGAAACCUUCUCCUGAAUCUAUUAGUAAAGAAGCUACUGGUGAUUUGCAAACUCUGUCUAAGGCGGAUCUCAAGCUGAUUGCUUUGACAUACACUCUUGAGGCUCAGGUUCAUGGGACCAAACAUCUCAGAGAUGUUCCUCCACCGAUUCAAACUGUUAGUGUAAGGAGAUCACAUGAGAAGGAAUUACUUGGUUGGGGCUCCAAUGUGGCUAACUUGGAGGAGUGGGAGGAACUAGAGAAAGAGUCCGACCAAAAUGCCAACUCCAACUCCAACUCCAAACUCCUUCCGUUGAAAGACAUUAGCAUGAAUAUCAUCAUCCCUUCAGACAACUCUUCUGAGGUUGGUUCUGUUUUGUCUCAUACUGAGCAUCAAGAAGAAGGUGAGAGGAAGCACCCGCUCAAGAAAACAGAGGGUAAGAUGGUAGUGGAGGGAAUAGAUGCGUCGCAGGGACAAUUCGAUGAUGAAGAUUCUGCGGUUAGUAGUAGUACUCGCAGAAAGUUUCUUAGAAGAAAGGCGAGGUGGAAACAUUACAAGUCAUUGGCUGAACAAGAGAUUCAGCAAGAAGCUGAGAAAGCUGGAAACAUGACUGUGCACGAAACUGAUCUGCAUAAACAGUCGAAUCAAAUCUCCAAAGACGCGAAUGAAAUCUGUACAAAGGAUAGCGGAAAGAGUGAUGAGGAUCCUUCUUCGUCUAUGAGGUUUGAGGAAGGUUCGUUAAAGGCUCUCCAAGAAGGUCCUGAAGAGACGAAUGUUGAACCAACUUUGAUUAACGGUGAGGAUGGUAUCGAGAAGAUGGAGAUCUUUGAGGCAUCAUCGGUUGCAGAUGAUGGUAGCAGAGAGCAGAGUAGGUCGUUUGGAGCCUUGUCUGAGUCCAGUGUAGCUUGUCUAACCGGUGACUAUGCGAUGCAAAAUGUUAUUCUUCAAAUGGGUUUGCGUUUGCUUUCACCCCAAGGAAUGCAAAUUCGCCAACUGAACAGGUGGCACACGAAAUGUCAUGCUUGCAAAACAGUAGUAACUCUAAAAUCCCAUGCUUUUUCUAAUAUUCGAGAAAUGUACUGUCCCAAGUGCGGGAAUGGUGGCACACUACGCAAGGUAGUGGUUACAACAAGCGAGAAUGGCACCACCAUAGCUGUGCGUGAGCCGCGUAUAACAAUUCGAGGGACCAAAUUUUCGAUACCAAUGCCUAAAGGAGGAAGAGACGCAAUCACCAAGAAUAUGGCUCUACGGGAAGAUCAACUCCCUCAAAGGUUUCUCCAUCCCAAGACUAAGAAGAAAGCAAGCAAACCGGGAGAUGAGUAUUUUGCAUCAGAUGAUGUGUUCAUGAACCAUCAUAGUUAUAAAAAGGCACCAUUGCAGCCUCCUGUGAGAGAAGCUAUGGCGGUUUUCAGCCAGAAAAGGAACCCUAAUGACAACCAUUACUCUCGUUCUAGGCACUAA